UUUUUUUUUAAUGAAAGUUGCAUGAGAUAGGCUGUCUUAAGGAAUGACUUUCUAACAAUGUGUAAGAAAGCUGUAGGUCAUGGGCUAAGGCGCUUGCUUUGUCAGAUUGUUUCCUAGGGUACAAGCUGGUGAAGGGGGUUUGCAGGCCUUUAUGGUGGCAUGAAGCGGGGAGGCUGGAUGGUGAAAUGGGGAAGGAGGGACACACCGGUUUUACAGCAUUUUAGGGGCGCUCGUAGCCUAGCAAACCCGGUACACAGUAGGUGCUCAAUAAAUGCGACAUAUCCGGGUGAUAGGCCCCGGUAAGAAAGGUGAUGGGUGUGGGAACCUAGAGCAGAAGAAUCACGGCCCUGCUUUUCUUCCCUUCAACCUCAGAGAUCCGAACGCCAAGGAUGGGGGCGCGGCGUGGUGGGCUCCCUGGCCCCCGCCCCGUCCAGCCCCUCUCAACUCCCCUCCAACCCCUACCCUCGGCCUGCCGCUGGGCCCCAGCCCCUCAGGCCCCCGCGCACUCACCUCGCGGCUCCGGGCCGCGCUCCGAGCUGAGCUCCAUUGCCUGGACUCCAGCACGCGGCCGUCGGACUGCUUUUGCGCGCCGCCUAAUGAAGCCUCGCGCUCGGGCAGGUGUGCGGAGCUGCGAGCGUGGGGGGCCCGCGCCCUCACCCCGCCGCCUGCGAGGCCCACUCGGGAGGGCGGUGCCUGGGGCAGCUGCGGGCUGCCGAGGCCCGGGGGCCACGCCGCUUCCCGCCCCCGCCGAGGCCCAAGCGGGGGCAGGUGCGGCUCCGCUGCGGCCCCUCCCCGGUGGGUGGAGGUUGCACGCGGGGCGUGGGCGAGAGCCCGCCUACUGGGUCGCGGUCGGGAGGCUCGCCUUAGAGGGCCAGGGCGUUCGGCUGGGGGAGGGAGGCCGGCUCCCUGGGCCGGACUUGGUGGCGCCUUUGGCCUUGGAGACAGAGUCCUUCCUGUGGAAGGCGACUUGGGGAGCCACUUAUCAAGGGAGCUCCAAACCCUUAACAAGGGUUCCCUGUCUCCCAGCUGCAUCAAUGAGGUUUCCCCAAGCCUCAGGAUUAAUGAGCCCCCAAGAUCCCAGGCUGAUUGGAAGGUCCGUAGAGCACGGAGCUGUCCUCGAGGAUGAAAGCGAGCUGGAAGAACCCAGGCUGCAGGGUGAAGUGGACACCUCUUGAAUGGGACGCAAUUGUACGCGCACGGGAGGCCGCAGGCUUUAAAAGACUCUGGACGCCACGUGCUUUCCUGCUGUAAUCACCUAUUGGUAAGUUUCCCUGUGCCUUAAAUGCCUUUCAGGGGCUUGGCCUACACACAUGAACUUUGAAGAUAUUACGAGUUCUUUCUGAAAUACAAAAAUUGUAAACGAGUUAACUCCGUGACAACAUGACCAAAAUUCCAGGCAUCUGGUGUUUCAUUCUGACUCCCAUAAGACUAAUAUCCUCUAAUAAAUGAGGGGUUUAAAAAUAGGGCCCAGUUUCAGCUAGAAAGGAAGCAUUCCAGGCCAUGUGAGCAAGGAAUGGGGGCAGUGAAGUCGCUUUCUUUGUGGAACAUCAUCAUUUGGUGGUGACGUGGCGGUAAAUGGAAUGCAAUCGUCUGCUUGCUUAAACAUUUACAGGACACCUACCAUGUGCUGGGCACUGUGCGCAGGUCACUUCCUGCCUGCACAAGCUUACUGGCAGAGAGGGGGUUAGAACAGUGACGCAAGUAAAUGGACAGUGUCCAUACGAGGAGGUCGGUGGUGAGUUAGAAGGAUGCAUAGAGGAGCAGGAAGCUCUGCUGGACUCGGAUUGGGGGUGGGGCAGGAAAGGCCUUCUUGGAGAGGGUGACACAUGAGCUUUGAGCUGAAGUUUAAGGGAGAGGCAUUCUUACCAUGUCACAGCCCUGCUUAAACCCUGAAGUGGCCCUUGCCUGCCUGUGUGACAAAAACCAACCUCCCUAACCAGGAGAGGAGGCUUCUGAGGUCUGGUUCUUUCCUCUGAAGCCUCAGCUCGCCUGCUUCCCACACCCAAGUAUUCCAGUUUUAAUGUCUCUUUUGACCUAGUGUUUUUCAAGGAGUGUUGACACCCUGGGUCAGAAUUUCCUAGGGAAUUUGUUUAAAAUGUGGCUUGCUGGGCUUCCCUGGUGGCGCAGUGGUUGGGAGUCUGCCUGCCGAUGCAGGGGACACGGGUUUGUGCAGAAACAAAGUCAACUAAAACCAUCCCCGGGGAUGGAGAUAGGGCAAGUGGAUGGUGGGGGCUUUGUCGGGGAAGGAGAUGACCUGUUGUCCUUUACUGAGGUGUCUGCCGCAGUGAAAGCGGGUCACAAUUAAUUUCUUAAUAGGUUAUCCUAUCUCAUUAAAUUAAGAAUAAAUCAUCCUUCCCUGCCAUCACUUACGUUGUAUUUCCUCUCGCCGUCUCUUUGCCCUCUGCCUGGGUGAAGGUCAGAAAGGCAAAGGCUCAAAUCACCCAUAGGCUGGACACCACCCUUACAUAAAACUUUGAAAGAUACAGAGUCUGACUGUAUAAAAGGGUUUGCUCUGAGACUUGAGGAAUUGAAGAUGUUGGCAUUUUCUAAACACAUAAAUAAUUGAAUUUGUUGGGCCUGGGCUCUGACAUGAGAGAAAUCGAAGCUUUCCUCCUCUUUGUUUCUCUCUUUCUUUCCUCCCUUCCUCAGUCUUGAUAUUCUUGCCUUGUCGUUUUGUGUGUGUGUGUUUUUUUUUUUACAAAUGAUAUCGUUUUCUUUAUUUACAUGAAAAUUUGAUUUAGCGGCUGCAAGUGAAUUUGGUCUAAGAAGGCUUGGGAUAGCGUCUUGACGUGUUUGGUUGAAAAGGGAUUGUACUUAUGAUAUAUGCUGUGGAGAGUGCUAUCUUUCAGAUAGGGAAGAGGGACUGCUCUUUAUUGGGAGGACAAAAAGAUACUGUUUUAGGGGUACUUGGAAAUAUUUAUUUCUAUGACUUGGUCCAUGGCAUCUUCGUGAUCUUAAGGCAUGUUCAUAGACCAACCUUGUUUAGAGGGAAGGAUUAUUUUGGGGGGGCAGUGCGUGGAGGGGAGGAGGUUCUCCUUAGUUUUCAGAGCCAAACUAUAAACCACCACUUCCACCCUCUUAGCAAGCGCCAGUUAUUCCAACAUCUUUUUCUUCUCAUGGAUAGA